CAUAUAUAUAAAUUAUUGAAAUCAUACAUGUUUCUAAAGUAGACAAAGAUAUAUUGAUUUGUUUGGGUUUGAAUCCCAAUGUACAUGUUUGGAAUAUUAUCCAUCUAACGGUAGAAAUUAAAAGUUCCACAUUUGAGUGUAUGUUUCUUGUCCGGAAUUCUUAGAUGAUUGGUCUAGUUAAAGCUAGAAGCCAUCUUUGAAUUGGGCAGACACAUAACCUCCUAGCUAGAGUUCUCUCAAUUUUUCUUUGGAUGGAAAAUUUGUGGGAAAAUUGGAUUUCUUCUUUGGAAAUGGGUGGUGACAAAUCUCCCUCAUUGGAUGAAGACAAGUUUCAACUAAAGAAUAUGCAACAAUCAUGUUUCUCUUUUGAGGGUGAUAAUUCUAUUUCUCAAUCUUCAACCAUACAAUAUAUCAAUAAUAAUAUUUUUGAUAAUGUUUGUGUCAUCCCCACAAUUCAAGAGAACAUUCUCAAGAGUAGCAAUAGUUCCAACUCUCUCAUUUCUCAAGAAUAUAAUUGUCCUACUAAUUCACAACAAAUAGCACCUUCUCAAUACAUUUUGUCAUUUGAAAACUCAAUUAUGAAACCUUCCCCUAAUAGUGCCACAUUUUCUUCUAUUAUGGUCCCAAAAACAACCUUGAACAACAAUAUUGUGAGUGAAUUACCAAAGACAAUUAAGAAAAGAACCAAGAAUCUUAGAAGCUCUUCAGAGAUACAAGAUCACAUUAUGGCUGAGAGAAAAAGGAGACAAGUUCUUAGUGAGAGGUUCAUAGCACUAUCUGCCACUAUACCUGGAUUGAAGAAGCAAGGAGGUGCCAACUAUAAAUUCAUGUUUGAGUGGUUUCUAUGAAGUUUUGCUUGAUACAACUAUAAGGUAAAAAUGAAGUUUAUAAAACUAAUUAAAAUAAGAAAAUUAGAAUAGGUAUCGAAAGAAUUUAGGAAAUUAUAUAAGAAAUAAAUUUCAGUUAUAAACAUUAAAUUUGUGAGAUUAUUAAUUCUAUGAUUUGAAGUUGAAUGUUAUAGCAUUCAAUGCAUCUAGCUAGCUAGUCAUGACUCAAGACAGAGACGUUUAACGAACCGAAAUCAUGUCACUGAAACCUUGAUCAAUGAAUGUGGUGAUAAAAUUUACUAAUUUUAAAUGAAUUUUAUUUUGAACAAGAUAAAAUGUAAUAAUAUAUUAAAAACCGAUAAAGAAAUCUUAAUAUGCGUAAAGAUAAUUAGUAUGCAUAAAGUGAGUUAAAUGUAAAAUUAUUUUUUUAUUUUUUUUACUGCAAAUGUAAAGAGGGGUUUUUUUUUUUUUUGAGAGAAAAUGUAAAGUGGUUUAUAUUUAGAUAAAUUUAUAUGUAAGUGAGUUAAACAAAAAUUUGGGUUAAAUAUCAAUCGUAGAUGUAAAAGUGCUCUAAAUUUUAGAAAAGCUUUAAAAUCAAUUUUGGUUGUGUUUGAAACCACAGCGUCUUGUCACUUGACGCAUUUUUUUAACUUUUGAGUUUCUAUUAA